UUUUGGUUUAAAAUGAAUUAGUUCGGUUGUUGGAGUGGUCGUUCCGCUGUGGGCUGUGCAAAUUCAACAUUUGGAGGGAAAAUAGUAAAAUAAAAUUAUAUAAAGAAAAUAUAAACAAAUAAAUUGUAAAUCUAAAUGUGAAUGUGAAGUUCAAUUGCGUAUUGUGAUAAGAAUAAUCCAAAGCUUUAAGUGAUACAAAAGUGAAAUAAAGCAGAAAGAAGACAGGAUGCUGGAUAUUAUGCACCUUGUAAGUCCAUAUCCACCGUAUACGAAGGUUAAAUCGCAAAGUCUUUACUUAGCCCCUUUUUUUAAUUCAGUAGUAAUAUAUUUUGUAUUUGUGCAAAAUCCGAAUGGAGAACUAUGGACAACUCUAUUAAAAUGUGCACCAAUCGUGUUUUUAAUGUUUUACAUUGUACUGAAAGGAUUCGGAUUUACGAAAGAGUUUCAUAAUUCACAACGAAUAUUAAUUGGCCUGAUAUUUUCAUGUGCGGGUGAUGCACUCCUUAACAUUGAUCUAUUUCCAUUUGGAAUGGUUGCAUUUGGCAUUGGACAUGUGUUUUACAUAUCAGCUUUCGGUUGGAAGCCACUAAUGCUAAAAAUUGGAAUACCAAUGUAUUUAGCAGGAGCAGUCUUGGUUGGUGUACUAUUCAAUAAACUGGAUCUUAUAUUGGCAAUCGGAUUUCCCAUUUAUGGGGCGUUAUUACUUACAACCUCUUGGCGAGCAUUGGCUCGUGCAACAAUUAAAAAAGACUUUUUGAGCACAUUUUGUGCUUUUGGGACGAUAAUGUUUGUGAUAUCAGAUGGACUUAUUGCAGUAGACAUGUUUAUGACGAGUAUACCAUAUUCAAGGAUAUUAAUUAUGUCUACAUAUUAUGUAGCACAAUUUGGAAUCGCUUUAAGUACAGCAAAUGAAGUUAAAGUGAAAAAAUCAUCACCCACUCGUUCCAAGACGCCCGUGCGUAGACGGAUAAAUGAUGCCGAAAACGUUCGCCAACGUACGAAAACAACAAACAAAUCCGUUUAGGUUUGGACGUUUUAAAACGAUUAAUUUUGCGGCCAAAUGUACAAUUUUCGUAUCAACUCUUCAGUUAAGUCUAACUUAACCGAAGUCUAAUAAUGAUAACUCCACCUAACUUCGUUCUUCCUAUAGUAGUAUAUAGUAUAUAUUAUAAAUUUUGACAGUCAAAUUAGAACCAAAAAUAGUUUAUUUUAGUAAAAUUAAUAUUUGAAGAAUUGUUAGAAUGAAAGUACUCAUAUACUUAAUUAAAUUUUACUUAAAUAUU